AUGACGAGCUCACAAGGAGCUACUGCUUUACCUGAAUUUCCGGCUGCCCAGCAGGCACAAAUAAUUAGAGCACAUCAACGGGACUUGUUCUAUGUUUAUUCAUUGAGAGAACAGGCGGAGAACGUACUGAGGUCGUGGUUAGGGAACAGGUGGCUUACUCGAUGGGAUAAGGAGUUAGAGCUUCUUUCUAAACUUGUUUACUAUGGACUGACUACUGGUCGAGCUCAACAGACCCUUGGAGAAGAGUAUACGAACAUAUGGCAGUACUCCACAAAUGAGAAAGGCACACCUUCGGCUCGAAAACGUGCAGCUCUUGUAUUCCUUCCUGCUUUUCCGGCAUACAUAAUUUCUCGUUAUGAAAGCCGGCUCAGUGGAGGCAACGAACGAAUAGCACGGAUCUUACGUCGACUGCCGAACAUACUGGAUAUCGUCUCCGAGAUUAACCUUGCCGUCUUCUACUUCAGAGGGGUGUACUAUAACCUCGUCCAGCGUGUGCUUGGCGUGAAAACCAUUUCCUCUAUACCUGAGAACCCAAAUACCCGUCCUCCGUCUUAUUCUCUGUUGGGCAUUCUCAUUCUGGUCCGGCUCUUGCAUCGCCUAUUUUCGACAAUACGGGAACUCCGUCGGAACACCACGAAAGAGAUAGAACAGAAUUUCUCAGGGAAAGGGAAGCAGGUCUUGCGCUCAGACCGCACAGUAAACUCCUCAAUUGACGGAGUCCCAAUACCCGAAGUACUGGAGAACACGUCUGAUGAGUCUUCUGCUCCUAUACCGGCGGAGGAAGACCAGCACACGGUUUUAGACUUCACGCAGAUCCCGGAAGACGUGAGGGCAAGAAGGAGUUGCACGCUUUGCCUUGAGGAACGCACGUCGAGCUGUGCGACGGAAUGUGGACACUUGUUUUGUUGGUCGUGUAUUAUAGGGUGGGGUCGAGAAAAGGCUGAAUGUCCCUUGUGCCGUCAAGCGCUGAAUCUGACUCGGCUGAUUCCUAUAUAUAAUUUGUAGCAACAGCUAAACAGGCUCUGACAAUUUUGUCCCUUUCUUUAGUAGACAGGGGCAAUUUGUCAUUUAUAAUCGUAGGGAAAACAGAAAAGUAAUGAAACACAAGCAAAAUGUACUGCUAAUUACACUAGGGAAGCGGCUGGAUCAAAGUAAUGUUGUCACCUUUAAGCAGUAGACGUCCUAAAUCUCUGCGAGGCUUUGCUUCUUUCAGAUAUACCUCAGCAGCGUCGUCCAGAACCACGUUCAUGAAUUCAUCGAAGCCAAUAAUGCGACCCUCCAAUCGCAUCUCAUUGUUAUCGUAUAACCAGACUGAUACCUUCGUUUUUGCUGAAGAUGUCUGAAGAUGACAUUGAUGGGCUGUACCAUCACACGCUGUUGACGACCCGACAUCUUGAAUAGCGUAUUUUAUUUCGUGAAUGAGGGACUUGAGAUGGCUAGACGUAGGUGAGUGUGUCCG